AUGUACUGGCUGCGACGUUUCACCAUAGUGACGGUGCCGCUCGCACUCAUCAUCUUCGUGGCCACCUACCUACCCGUUAUCCUCGAUCCCUCAAACAGAGGCCCCGAGAGUCGCGCUCGUGAUAGGCUCUGGGUCAGCAGCAGUCCCUACUUCUGGGACCGCCAGGCCUGCCGAUGGAUCAGUCUUUGUGGCCUGCACCACCUGAGAAGGGACCCUGCCGUGCUCCCGCCCAUCCUCGACGACGACCCUGAAGAUGACUAUCUGCGAGUGGAAUUGCGCAAACGCAUGGACCGUACGUGGGAGGAGGAUGCCGAGCUUAACGGCCCAAACCCUGAAAUGCGGAAAAGCAAGAGGUCGGAUAUGAAGAGAAACCCAAAGGAGCGACGGAGGAUCCUCAAAGACGUUCCCCAAUAUGUUCUCGAUCAUGCCCCGUUGGUACACCUCUACUCUGGCGAGCAAUUUUGGCCCUCCGACAUCCGCGAGCACAUCGAGCACAUGGUUGUCACGGUAGAUCAUAAACGAGUCAAUUUGACCGAGAAAGUAUCUCUGCACAACCUGCAGGCGCUCAACCGGUACGACAACCAGAUGGUCACGCUUCACAGCAAGGAGGACGUUGAAUCUCGACCAGAUUGGCUCCAUAGCCAUGCUAACCUGCCGAGCCCAUUCGACGACCCUGAUGCUUCUACGCCGCCUCCCGUAGGGAACGGUAGAAAGCCGCAUAGCGAGCCCGACACUUGGUUUGAUGUGGACAAGAAGCAUCCCGUGCAUCGCAUCUCGGAUCCCCGGGAUCACAACGUCCCCGCAUAUGCUCCCACGCCCAGCCCUGGCAAGGAGCAGCAACGCGUCAUCCCGCGCGGUCACAAACCAGACCCAGACGGCUACUCCAAAGCGCCAGCUACUCUUGUCCUUGUGGAUAAGGGCUCGGGCAUUGUUGAUGCUUUUUGGUUCUUCUUUUACAGCUAUAAUCUAGGGCAAACCGUGAUCGGCCUGCGGUUCGGAAACCAUGUGGGUGACUGGGAGCACUGCAUGGUGCGCUUUCAGAACGGCGUGCCCCGUGGUAUUUUCUUCUCCGAGCACGAGGGUGGUCAGGCGUACGCUUGGGAGGCUAUCGAGAAGCGUGGCAUCAGACCCGUCAUUUACUCGGCCGUUGGCUCCCAUGCCAUGUAUGCUUUACCCGGCAACCAUCCCUACGUUCUGCCCUUUAAAAUGCUCAAGGACGUUACGGAUAAGGGACCGCUAUGGGACCCCGCGCUGAACAACUACGCUUAUUUCUACGAUUAUACACUUGAAAACCCAAAAGACACCAUCGAGCACGAGGACGGCAUCGCAACGCAAGGUCUCACGCACGACACACACAGCUUCACCCCUGCGGCGUCCAAUCCGGAUGCUCCUGUUACGUGGCUGCACUACCAGGGCCGAUGGGGCGAUGAGACUUACACUCUCGCAGAUAUGCGACAGUGGCGUCUCUUUGGCCAGUACCACUAUGUGACGGGACCCAGCGGGCCUAAAUUCAAAAAUCUCGAGCGCCAGACGCUCUGCCCGGCGAGAAACUGCCGCCUGCUUUACGAGAUUGACCCCAAGGGCACUUGGUACCAUUAG